GCGUGCGAUUAUACUCUAAUGGUUGGAGCUUAGGAGGACUUUGCUGUGGUGACCGAUGUUCGAUCCCACCAUCGGUAACGUUGUUCAAUCAUUUUUCAUGAGUACUAGCUAUUAAGCAAUACAGCAGCAGCGCCAAGCAGUGACGAUCGGGAGUGUCCGGGUGUAUUCGCAACAAAAGCGCCGCUUGAAAACACGCUGUGCUGUCCGACCAUCGCCAGUGCAUUCAUAUGCAAGCAGAACUAAAAAUUCUUGGGAUAUUUGUUUAUGUACACUCGUGGACGAUGGCGCGGCGGGGAAUUAAACACGGUAGAUUGAGCUAAGUUUCACAAUGUCGUAACAAAUUCUUUCGUAACUUAGUUGGUGCUAUAAGUCCAUGCUGGAGUAAAGCCAGCACGCUGUAGGAGGCUUCCCGGGCUAGUUUUAGUUGGGGAGUGGCAUGUUUCUAUCAUGUCUCCGCAAGCUCCUUGCAUUAAUGUGUAUAAGCCGCCGCGGUGGCUUAGCGGCUAUGGUGUUGCGCUGCUAAGCACGAGGUCGCGGGAUCGAAUUCCGGCCACGGCGGCCGCACAUUUCGAUCUGCCCAAAUGCAAAAAAAAAACCUUCCCGAGUUUCGUGCAUUGGGGGGCACGUUAAAAAUCCCCUGGUGGUCAAAAUUAAUCCGGAGUUCACCAUUACGGUCUGCCUCAUAAUCAAAGCGUGGUUUUGGCACUCACAACCCCAAAAUUAAUUUUAUUUGUUCGCUUUGAUGUUCACCGUGUAUUCGGUGUUAGCUGUCGUCACAGGCCACUGUUGGCGAUCAGCGGUAUUGAAAAACCAGCGACUGUCAUUACAUGAAAGAAGUGUUUUGCGGAUUUAAAUUCGGCGUUUCAACAGGCACUAUUUCUGCCUGCUUUUUAAAACUGCCCAUGUGAUGCCCACAUGUCUUUGUACGGCGCCCAGUCAGCCCGAUUAAUUAUUGAUGGUCUAAUGAGAGUCUGAAAAUUCAAUCAGGAAAAGCAACACUUUGUUUACGAGAGAUGCCGCAUUAUGGGGUUCCGGAUUAAGUUUGGUGGUCUAAAGAUCGGGAACUUGCAAGAAAAAUUAGGAAGAAGGGCAUUUUCGUAUUUCGCCUCGAUCAAAAUGCGUGUGGCACGGCAGCGAAAUGAAACUGCUACUGCGUAAUCCGCAACAGAACGCCGUAACUGGUGCGUGCCAGCGUCGGAUGACUCCGAAUCCUGUGGAAGAGUAAACAUGGUUUUAUAAAAGAUUGCCGUAAAGUACACAUAUUCGAAGUAAAAUAAAUUGAAGAAAGCGGUUGUGUAAUGCAUGAGGGGCUAUUGUUUUUGCUGUGGAACUUUUAGUAACUUGCUUAAUCUUUCAGCGAAGCAGCGGUCACUGCCACCAGUCGGUGUAGGUGUCACUGUAAAUGCAUACAUAUUGUACGAUGACACAUUUAAGUCGCAAAGUUGGUUGAAUAAUGAAGAGACUGAAGCUGAUAAUGUUCCUUCAAUGGAUGACUUUAAGAAGCUUUUCUCACAGGUUCAGCAGUAUUUUAACAAUGAAUUAAUAAUGGUAAAGUUCUCAAUCGAAAGUACACAGAAGAACAAUGACCUUCGUGUUCCAUACAGCGGUGGCAAAUCCCUGGAUGCAACCAAGACAUUAGACAGGUUGAGUGCAUACGCUGUGACACAAUCUCCCAGCAACGACAGUAUUUUCUAUUAUUUUACUGAGAGUGACUUACUUCAAGAAUCAAAAAGAGGCGACCAUCUGGAGCUUGAAUUCACUGAAAAGGCGACUCACGAUACAUUUUGCAGCGGAAAGGUCAGCGCUGCUGUCGUAAAAUGCUUCCCUGGAGGGAAAGAUUGCCACAUGCACGCUGUAAGAGCAACCGCGGAUGUAUACUGCAACAGCGACAUGUGAAAUGCCUUGUCCACGAGCCAUGGAACAUAGCAGUUCCUUCGUUCACCGCCUAGCGCAAUAUGGCGUCGUGCCCAUGGCCACUACAGUGUUGCCUGUGUGACAGCCCUCGAAAUUAGGUAUUUGAACGAAGGUGGCAAAGAAAGUACAUUUAAAUGCAGCAGGAGAACUACGGAAUAAAGAAAGCUCUAGAACAAAGCGAGCACGUGUUCCAUCAUCAAGGACGAAGGAUAACUUACAAAUGCAAGUGAACGCUUGUUGUACCAAUGGGCCAUUGAACGUCACCCAGCCAGAGAGUUGUCGCACAUACAGGUUCGGCAAAGCGGCAGAAGCAGGGGAGCGUGAGUGAAUUGGACGACUUUGUCCUCAGUGUGUUGUGGUUCGUCUUUCGCAGCUCCUCCUCGAGGAACGAACUACGGGCGUUGCGCUCAGGAAGUCAUAGUCGACACG